AUGAAACCGUUUCUAGACUCAACAUCUGCCGGAUCCCGUCAUAAUCACGAACGACAAAAAAAUCAUCUCAAAGAAACUGGUGAUUCUGUUACGCGCUGCAAAACCUAUUCUUUGGGAACCAAUGUAUGUUUACCGGAUACCAAUCCACUUGUGCCCAAUUCCCGUUCACCAGACGCGGUCAGUUGUUGGGGUGAUGUACCUAAGCGUCAACCACGUCUAGCCGAUUUGUUCCAUGCGUCCGAUGAAGACCUGAUAUCAUCAACCCGGUCAUCCAUGACCCAUUGUAAUGAUAACGCGUAUAUGGGACAACGAACCGGGCCGGAUCGAUCAGUUCUAACCGAGUCGGUAGGUAGUAGUUACAAGAAAUCGCAAUCCUCCUACCCGAAAAGCAUUACCACGGCCUCGAAAACCGCGGAAUCAGACGAAUCGACUAACUCCAAAUCGAAUAAAAACCCCAGUGGAACUGGUCGUGAACGUUUAUUGGAAUGGUUACGAACCAGUCAGGCGAAACGGGAUGAAAAUAAUCGUCAAGUGUUCACUCGCUGGAUUGAUCGAAUCGAUAGUAUGAACAAUCAGGAAUCGAUUACAGCCAAUUUAUCAUCUGCUGCCGCACUUACCUCGGUCGCCGCAGUCAAUAUGGGCACCCCGGGAACGGUCGAUUUUGCUCACAAUUCAUUAUUCACUUCGGCUUUCCCCGGGGCCAAUGGAACGAAUGGAACCACACUACCUGGUCUAAUCGCUUCACCCGCAUUUCUGAUUGGUGGUCCUUUUGGCAUGUUAACUGCACCUGGACUAAAUACUAUCAAUCCGGCGCAUGUUGCCAAACCGAACACAAUGUACCCGAAUUCCCUAACCAAUCAGUACCUCUCAGCCUCAUUGACGAACAGUAAAAGUGGAUCAGGAAUGAAUAAUCUAGCACAGAUAGCUACCGUCCAACCGGGCUUGGUUACAUUUUCUCAGAACACUGGAACAAAUCCACUGGAAACUCAUCCGCACCCGGACACUGUGCUAUCACCACCCGGUUCAAAUGAAUCGGACACAACCAAAUCAGAAGCUGGAUCCCAGUCGGUGAAAAACUUGACUUCGAACAACAACAAUAACAGUAAUUCUGUACGUGCGACUUAUGGAACGGAGACUUCAACCGGUGUCAGCAACUGUUGUUCAACCGCGGACAAAGUAUCUAAUACCAAACCGGUACUGCUCAAAAGUGGAUUGAUGAACCCCGAAUCUGUUAGUCCUGGAACAAACUCGGUUCCGCUGAAUACGGUCUAUUUGUCAUCAACCGUUCCAUUGAAUGCGGUGGAUCCCAGCGUGGUUCCUGGAUCGAUUCAUCCGCCACACUAUUACAUGCCAAUGCCUGUCAUAAACGACCCGUUAGCCUCUCAAAUGUACUAUUAUUACUAUUACUACUAUUGUCAAAAUCAACUGGCCAAUUCAUCAGCUCCAGGAACAGGCAAACCUUUAGGAAUACCUCAACCUUUGGUCUGUUAUUUUCCCAAUUCCGGAGCUCAGCCACCAAUUCCCGCUUCUGGUCAGUCACUUUAUAUUCCAGAUAACUGCAUGUGUUUACCCACUUAUCCACCCAUGGUUGACACUAAUCCGUACGAACUAGGUACCCGACGCCCCGAUGCGAACGGCGAAGCCCCAAUGGAAAUAUCCACUCCCACAACCUAUACUCCUUUGGUCCCAUUCGGGCCAGGUGCGGUACAGACCACGCUCGGGUCGGAGACAAAUCAGUCGAUUCUGCUGUUAGGUCUCGCCGAUUCCGAAUCCCACUGUUUAUUGAAUACGGAAAACGGUGUAACCGAAUCGUCUGACGGAAGUACAACUCAUCGGUACAACAAUAACAACAACAACAACAAAAGCACCAACAGUAAUCAUAACGGGGCAUUGGAUUUCGAUGCGAAAAAAUGGUAUUCCAUGCUGCAUGAUAUAGCAAAUUCACACGAUGCGGAUAGUUCGAAAGAAACAAAAUCCACCCCAAAGACAACAGAUCCAACGAUUCAAUCGAAUAGCGGUUCGCCAUCUUUGGGAAAAAGCCCGCAGACAGCAAAUGCGUAG